CAUGCACUUGUAUGUUCCAAAAAUUUCUUUGUCCAAAUUCUCAGGAUGAUUGUGAACAACACAGCCAUGGAGAUGUGGUUGAAUGAGUCCUGCACAGAUGGCUUCAUCCUCUUGGGCGUCUUUUCCCACAGCCCAGCUGACCUGGCUCACUUCUCUGUGGUCAUGGUAGUGUUCUCAGUGGCCCUCUGUGGAAACGUCCUCCUCCUGGCCCUCAUCAGCAUAGAUCCUCGACUUCACACACCCAUGUACUUCUUCCUCAGUCAGCUCUCCCUCAUGGAUCUCAUGUUGGUCUGUACCAGUGUACCAAAGAUGGCAGCCAGCUUCCUGUCUGGUAGGAAGACCAUCUCCUUUAUGGGCUGUGGCAUGCAAGCAGGCCUUUUAGUCUCUCUUGUUGGAUCAGAGGGGCUUUUGCUGGGGCUCAUGGCUUAUGACCGCUAUGUGGCUAUUAGCCACCCACUGCACUAUUCCACCCGCAUGAGUCAGGGGGUCUGUCUCCAGAUUGCUGGGAGUUCCUGGGCCUUUGGGCUACUAGAUGGUUUGAUCCAGAUGGUGGUAGUGAUGACCUUCCCCUACUGUGGCUCCAGGGUUGUGGAUCACUUCUUCUGUGAGGUGCCAACUUUGUUGAAACUGGCCUGUGUUGACACCUCACUUUUUGAAACCCUGCUCUUUGCUUGCUGUGUAUUCAUGCUGCUCCUUCCCUUCUCCAUCAUCGUGGCCUCCUAUGUUCGCAUCCUGGGGGCUGUGCUUCAUAUGCGCUCUGCUCAGGCUGGCAAAAGGGCUCUGGCCACCUGUUCCUCCCACAUGACAGCUGUCUCCCUCUUCUAUGGGGCAGCCAUGUUCAUCUACCUGAGGCCUAGGCGCUACCGGACCCCCAGCCAUGACAAGGUGAUCUCUAUCUUCUACACAGUCGUUACCCCUAUGCUCAACCCCCUCAUUUAUAGCUUAAGGAACCGGGAUGUGAUGGGGGCCCUGAGGAAGGGGCUAGACUGUUGCAGGAGUGGCAGUCAACACUGA